UGCGCUUUAAAUCGCUGGCGCUGCGAACUUUCUCCCUCAGAGCAACAUGGGCAACGGUAAAGGAUGGGCCCUAAGCUUUGCUGCGAAUGCCUUUUGCAUCCUUGGUGCAGCAUCAGUGUGGUUGGAUGUCAUUGUUAAUAAAUUGACGAACUCGGACACAUUGGAUCUCGCAAAUAGUGACAUGGCUCUUGUCUGUGGUCUCGGAAUGAGUUCUGGAAUCUUGCUUUACAGUGCACUGGGAAGUUUAUAUCCAGAGGCUCUUGAAUACUUUGAAAAAAUCGAAGGGAUAACCGACAAGAAGGCCCGUUUCCUUCGUAGCGUUUGGUUCAUUUUGGGUAUGGUAUUGUUUAAUGGUUUUAAUACUGUCGUCCAUCAUUACAUCCACAAGUCUCCCUUCGGUGCCCUACACUCAGACGGCGAGGAGGAUGACGAUACUCAAACCUCCGUAGGCUCAUGGUCUCGGACACACUCGCAUCAAUCUUCGGUAGCCGUUCAUCACCAAGAGUACGCCAAUAGUACUGAACGGCGUCCACUCAUGGUAGAGGACGGAAACGCCAGCAUGGCUACCUGUGCGUGCGAGUGUCAUCAUCCGGACCAGCAGGCUCCGAGUAUUCUCUCUGGUUCUAGCUGUGGGAGUGAUCACGAGAAAAGCAUGUUCACCGUUGGUCUUCAAACAGCCAUUGCAAUUAGUCUCCACAAGCUUCCUGAAGGAUUUAUUAUUUUCAUGACGUCGUCUUCUGAUGCUGGAAUGCUUGUAUUUCUUGCGAUGUCUGUUCACAACUUGUUCGAAGGUUUCACCAUUGCCUACCCCUUGUACUUGGCCUGGCAUUCGCGAUUCCGUUCAUUCUUAGUUGGUUCAGCGCUUACCACAACAAGUAUGCCUCUGGGUGCUUUGUUGGCAUUUCUCGUCUUGCAUACGCAACAUGGUUUGUCGGAAAGUUUCUUCAGUUGUAUGUAUGGAUGUAUUUUUGCAGCAACUGCAGGUAUGAUGAUAAUUCUUUCCUUACGCAUUGUCUUGCCCCAAGCAGUGCAUCAUGAUCGUACAGGUAAAUCAAAGAACAGCGCUUUCACGUGGUUGGCUUUUGGUCUCGCCUUGACGGCUGCACUUAAUAUCGUUGCCAUUUAACUCUCCAUGGACCAGUGAUUGAUGAUUGACUGGAUAAUCGUAUCCUCAUUGAAUAAUUAUUAUUUCAUGGCCUACCCCAGGGAUCACACACCAUUCUCCGUCUGUACGGAGGGUCUGCGAGUUUUUCUUCUUCGGAAAUCUUUGAAGUUUCUUGACCACGUCCUUGAGUGGCCCAUGCUUUUCUCUCUCAUACGUUUCUUGACGCGGAAUUCGUUCAGUUGUCCUGAAAGUCUGCAAGUCAAAUUUCUUUCCCCCCCCCAACCUGCUUUAUAAACGUAUCGAUUAACGGCUUCUUAUACCAUGCAUUGAAUUAGUUUAAGAGUUUUCUGCAACUAGAGCUGUCUUAAUUCAAUUUUUUUUUCCCUCC